GUGAUAUACGGCUGCUUGCUAGCCUAGCCACAUACUUCAACACACAUAGACGCGCGCUGGCGACUGCCGCGACGCAACUGUUGGCGACAGGCGCUACUUGCUCCUGCUUGAUUGUUCUUUGAGCAAGCACGACAGCUACGUCAGUAUACUUGAAGCUCAACAUUGAGCUAGUUAACAGGAAAACUCACUACUGGCUCAGCUGAAGUGGCAGCAUGGCUCGGCUUUGUCUGCUCGUCGCUCUGUUGACGGUGCUCUGCGCACCAGCUGUUUUGGCCAAGAAGAAGGGCGCGCAGCUGGAGUCGCGCAAGGUUGGCAAGACAGAUGGCCCUGUACACCUCAUUCGGCUUACCAAUGACGACGGCGACGGACGCGGUCGCGUUGAGGUGUUCCCCACAAAGGACUUCCGGUAUCAGUCGUGGAUGCCAUUUUGCGACCGGGGGUUCUCCGAGGACGACGCCGCCACCAUGUGCUCGCUCCUUGGGUAUAAGUUUGGACGCAAGUACUACACCAUCGCGGCAAACUACCCGGGGGCUGAAGAUGCGUCGGCGCCUCGCCGCCUGCAGGACCUGAACUGUGUGGACCGGUCCAUGCGCUCCGGCCGCGGCCGGAAGCUGCGUGGCGUGGAUGACGAACGCGACUCGCUGUGGUCCGUCCUGGCGGCCAGCGGCAGCGCGGAGCACCCGGAGCAACCCCGCACCGCCGCCUCCGACUCCGGCUCCCGCUCCGGCUCCUCAACCGCUGCGCAGGCCGCCCGUGACCUUGCGGUUGUUGGCUCCGGCUCCGGCUCCGGCUCCGGCAUUGACGGUGCUGGCGCGCGCUCGGGGCGUUCCCUGCUGGCGGUGGAUGAGAACGGCGAGUACGUGCCGUGGCUGCCGGUGCAGCCGCUGCAGGGCACCAUUGACGCCAGCGUGCGGCGGGCGCGGCAGUGCGGCUUCCGCACCUCCAACCUGUGCGGCCCGGACGGCCCCUUCGCAGCCGUGGAGUGCUCCGGCAAACCGUUCACCACCCCCGCCACCGUGGCGGUGCCCAUGCCCUCGCCGCCGCCUCCUCCCCCGGAAAAGAGCGAGUCCAUCCGCUUCUGGUCCGGCGCCGUGGACACUAGCGCCUCCGCGUCCCUGGCGCUCGCCGGCGUGGUGGAGGCCAACCUGUGCGACCCCGCCGCCUCGGCCGACUGCAUCAUCUACGGCCGCGCCGAGCUGCUGGUGCCGCACCCCGACGACCCCUCGCAGCAGGUGUGGGCACCGCUGUGCUCGGUGGAUGUGGAGGCCUACCCCAACCUGGCGGGGCAGGUGGCUCAGAAGGCGUGCGCCAUGCUGUGGGACUACCCCGCCUCGCGCUCCGCCGGCGUCUUCUCGGUGUCCAGCUACACGGGCGCGCCCUUCGCGCUGCCGCCCGCAGGCUCCGCGGUGGCCGCCGACGGCUUCGACCCCGCCGCACACGCCUUCUGGGCGCAGCUGCCGGAGCCUGACCUCAGCUCGGAGGCCUUCCCCGGCGAGGCCGCCGCCGCCCAGGCGCUGACAGCCGGCAAGCGCCUGGUGCAGGACGUGCCCGGGCUGCGGGUGAGCGCCGAGCGCUGCGCCAGUGGCGCGCUGUUCGCGUUCCGUUGCGACCUGGUGGUGGCUGGCCGCCGCCGCAGUGGCCGGUAGAUACGGUUGGUGCGAUUGGUGCGGUUGGCGCGGAUGGAUGGAGCUGGGUGCGCUGUGUUAGUUUGCGUUGCAACAAGCUUAUAUUUAAGUAGGUGACAGAUACCGGACCAAUAUGAUGCAUUCAUCCUACGAUAUAGUGCUGCGCGCGCUCCCCGUGAUAUUUUAGUAUUGAUGACAAUUUGCGCCCGUGGCCAAGCCGUGCCGUGGGCAUGUUUUAGGUGAUUGUCCGUGACUUUAGGGGUCCAAUGGCCCAUCCAAGCAUAGCUGCGUCACGAUAUGGCCGUAGAGAGCAAGGCAAAUAAGUCCAGUUGGACCUUCAGGUGUGGAUUAUAUAGGUAAGGUACGGCCGGAGUGGUGAUAUCUUUGGCGCACGGCAUCAUGCGUGCCGCAACCAAGGCUGUGUGUUUCAGUUGUACAGGGCCGGGUCCACGAUGACAGGGUUGCGUCACCUUGUAACCAAACGCAUAU